CUCUUGUCUCCUCAAAUCAGUCUAAUCUCAAGUGAACUGACGUCAGUACAAUUUGCAUAGAAACGUUUGGGCGGAUUUUAAAAGUCCAAACUAUAUUUUAAAAGUAGCCCAAUUUGGCUUUAAAUCCGCCAACCUGGCAAACCCUGGUCAUGUGGUGCGUGUUUGUUGUGAAGCUGGGUUCUGUCAGAAUCACGUGGAUGAAUGGGCGUGUCCUGUCAUCUUACCACACCCCUUUGAUGUUAGUCUAUGGGGAGAGAAGCCGCUCCUGGUUCGGGCGGGUUAGUGUCCCUGCUGUCCGCUGUGCCUUUCUCUCGUAUCAGCAGCAUUGUUCGGCACGUCCCGGGGCAGCAGCCAUGAGCAGCACCGGCGCUCCCGGGACUCCAGCUUCACCCGGGCCGGACACCUACAAAGGUUGGCUAUUUAAAUGGACCAACUAUCUGAAGGGAUAUCAGCGGCGCUGGUUUGUGUUAAGCAACGGGCUGCUUUCCUAUUACAGGACACAGGCGGAAAUGGCCCACACCUGCCGGGGAACCAUUAAUUUGUCAACGGCUCAUAUUGACACUGAAGAUUCAUGUAACAUUGUCCUGACCAACGGAGGAAGAACGUAUCAUCUUAAAGCAAGCUGUGAGGUGGAGAGGCAAAGAUGGGUUACUGCUUUGGAACUAGCAAAAGCCAAAGCUAUCCGCAUGAUGAACAACCAGUCAGAUGACUCUGGGGAUGAAGAGCCGAGUUCACAGUCUGAUAAGAGUGAGUUGCACAGCUCUCUGAAAGCUCUGAAUAGUAAGUUGGAUGACCUCAGCACUUGCAAUGAGCUCAUCGCUAAGCAUGGCGCGGCCCUCCAGCGUUCCCUGAGUGAGCUGGAGAAUCUCAAACUGCCUGCAGAGAGUGGCGAGAAGAUUAAGUCUGUGAAUGAGCGGGCCACCCUCUUUAGGAUCACUUCUAAUGCAAUGAUCAAUGCAUGCCGCGAUUUUUUGGAUCUAGCAGAAACUCACAGUCGUAAAUGGCACCGCGCUUUACAGUAUGAACGUGAACAGAGAGUACGAUUGGAAGAGACUAUUGAGCAACUAGCAAAGCAGCAUAAUAGUUUGGAAAGGGCUUGCCGAGAAGCCCCAGGUCUCACCUCCAACACAACUAGAGUUCUCAACACUCCAAAAGGGAAUGCCCAGGCUAUAAAAGGGGAAGCCAGUGAUGAAGAUGAGGAGACAGAGUACUUUGAUGCCAUGGAGGACGCACCAGCUUUUAUCACAGUAACAGCUGACCCUAAACAGCACAGGCAUUCUGGGAGCAACCUGAGCAGUGCUAGUGGAGGCCACCCAGAUGACUGGCAUCUUGAAGAAAAUGCAUUUCAUAGUUCCCAGGAAAGUAAUCAUGAAUCUAAGCGCAAGGAACUUAUACCUAAGAAAAGGAGAAGAACACGUAUUCCUGACAAACCAAACUACAGCCUUAAUCUAUGGAGUAUAAUGAAGAACUGCAUUGGCAAAGAGUUAUCCAAAAUCCCUAUGCCUGUGAAUUUUAAUGAGCCCCUAUCUAUGCUCCAGAGGCUUACUGAAGACUUGGAGUACCACGAAUUGCUGGAUAAAGCAGUGAAAUGUGAAAGCUCUAUUGAACAGAUGUGUUUUAUUGCUGCUUUCUCUGUGUCUUCCUAUUCCACCACAGUCCACCGGACAGCAAAACCAUUUAAUCCGCUGCUAGGUGAAACCUUUGAACUUGACCGACUAGAUGAUUUAGGAUUCAGGUCCAUAUGUGAACAGGUUAGUCAUCAUCCACCUGCUGCUGCCCAUUAUGUAGACUCCAGAAAUGGAUGGAAACUGUGGCAGGAAAUCACCAUUGCAAGCAAAUUCAGGGGAAAAUACCUCUCCAUCAUGCCACUGGGGGACAUUCAUCUGGAGUUCCAAUCCAGUGGGAAUCACUAUGUGUGGAGAAAGGUCACCUCUACCGUGCACAACAUCAUUGUUGGGAAGCUGUGGAUAGACCAGUCUGGAGAUAUAGAGAUCAUCAACUAUAAGACGAAGGACAAAUGCCAAAUGAAAUUCAGCCCUUAUAGCUAUUUCUCCAGGGACAUUGCUAGAAAGGUCACAGGAGUGGUGACAGAUGGAAAUGGAAAAGCACAUUAUGUUCUAUCAGGCACCUGGGAUGAAAAAAUGGAAUGUUCAAAGAUUGUACAGAGCAGCCAUGGCAAUAGCUGUGCAGAAGGCAAACAGAAGACUGUGUACCAGACCCUCCCUCCAAAGCUGCUCUGGAAGAAAUAUCCUUUGCCAGACAAUGCAGAGAACAUGUAUUUUUUUUCGGAAUUUGCGCUAACACUGAAUGAAUCCGAUGAGACCGCUGCACCCACAGAUAGUAGGAACCGGCCAGACCAGCGAUUGAUGGAGAACGGCAAAUGGGAUGAAGCCAAUGUAGAGAAACAAAGGCUGGAGGAGAAACAGAGAUCUGUGCGCAGGAGAAGGGAAGCUGAAGCCGUGGAGGCAUUAGAAGAUGGUAAUGACUAUGAAGGAUACCAGCCACUGUGGUUUGAGAGGAAAGUUGACCCAUACACCGGUGAACUCAUUUGCAAUUACAAAGGCGGAUAUUGGGAGUGCAAAGAAAGACAAGACUGGGCUUGCUGCCCUGAUAUCUUCUGACCCGGGGAGAGAUGCAGAGCUGACGGUGCCCCCCAACUAGUGCUCAUAAAGGAUACACAGGAGGCUAAAGGCAGCUUACAGCUCUGGUGAAGAAGGGACACAAACCAACAUGAAAAUAACCAGAGUAAUAGAAACACCUGCCAGAAUCAUUAAAGAAUGGAGAAAGCAGGGAUCUUACACAUAUUUUUUAACGAUAAAAGCUUUUUUUGGUUUACUACAGUGACAUUUUUUAGCAACUAAUAAGGACUUGGGAAAAUGAAGAUUAUUUAUUUUAUUGCUGAUGUUUCAUUUGACCUUUGCGUUUUUAUAAUUGCCUCUUGCAGCCUUUUUCAAGGUCUGAAUCCUCUAACGUACAAUCCAAGAUUUCGAGGAACAUAGAGGAAUUUAAGGUACUUUUAGAAAAUAUGUAUUUAUGUACGUUAUCUAUGGCUAUAUUCUCAUGAAAAAGUCACAAGAUGUGAAUUAAAUCUAUGGGCAGCAACAAGUGGCCACCUGGAGACAUACAUACAUGGAUCUCCUGGGCACUGUGUCAAUAUUGCAAAGUAUAAUUGACAUCCAUUUUUUUCAAAUUGACUAAUGCACUUUUGAUAAAAUAUUUCCUAAGAUGCGGUGCCGCAAAGUGCUGUCCAUUAAAGGGCCAGUAACACCAACACAAUGUAAGGACUUUUUAUACAUUUGAAGAAGGAGAACUAAAGGUAAAAUCACUUUAGGUGCCAUUUUUUCAGGGAACCCUAGUGAUACUAAUGCUUACCUUCAACCUGGCUGGAGGGUUUCUUCUUCACAAAUGAACUGGCCUGGGGAUACUUUAGAGCAGAGUGUGCAGCCACCAACUUUUACUCUGUUCUCAGAUAUUCCCUAAGCCUAUUGGAGAAGUACAGAAAUUGGAGACGUUAGGUAUGGAAUCCUUUAUGCGGAAUCCCGUUAUCCACUGAAUUACGGAAUGCCUGUCUCCCAUAGACUACAUUUUAUCCAAAUUUUUAAAAUAGAUGUCCCUUUUCUCUGUAAU